GCAAUCACCUCUCGUGACCUCAGCGCCUGUCCCCCGCGUCAUUCGGUUAUUUUCUAUUAAACCGGAACCCGCCUGUCCCCACCCGGCCUUCCCCUGCCGCGGCGGUGUCCGCUCCCCGCCGUGCCCUGCAGGGACGCGGUGGCCAUGGCGCUCUGUGCCCAGGCUCUGGAGGUCCAGCCGGAACUUUUCGUUCACAUGGCAGCAGCGAACAACACCCCUCCGGGCUCUCUGGAUCUCAACCAGCCAGGAUUUGCAAAGGAGAUCCUGGGAACGAAACUGGAGGUCAAAUACCUCUGCUCCGAUUGCAAGAACAUACUGAGGCGCCCGUUCCAAGCGCAGUGUGGGCACCGCUACUGCUCCUACUGCCUCAAGAAAAUUAUAAGUGCUGGACCUCAGAAGUGUGCCAGCUGCAUUCAGGAGGGGAUCUUCGAAGAGGGAAUUUCGAUUUUGGAAACAAGCUCAGCUUUCCCAGACAACGCAGCUCGUCGGGAGGUGGAAAGUCUGCCUGCUGUCUGUAUUAACAGUGGCUGCACUUGGAAGGGCACUAUUAAAGAAUACGAGGCUCACGAUGAAGUCUGCCCUGAAUUCCCGCUGACUUGUGAAGGCUGUGGGAAGAAGAUCCCAAGGGAGAAGUUUCGGGACCAUGUGAAGAGUUGUGGCAGAUCUAAAGUGCCUUGCAGAUUUGAGGUUGUUGGAUGCACUGAGGUGGUGGAAAAAGAAGAGCUUCUCGAACACGAAAGGAAGUGCUUGGCAGAGCAUCUCUACAUGCUGCUGAGUUUUGUGCUCAGCCUCAAGGCUGGGGCUGGAGACCUGAAGCCUCUUCCUGUCCUUUCCUCAUCACAAAGCGCCCCAGUGCUGGCAGGAAACUCAGAGUUGGAGGUCUCCAGGUCCCUGGAGCUCCUGGGAAGAUGUGAGGCCCUUGAGAGGAAAACUGUGACCUUUGAGAACAUUGUGUGUGUGCUCAACCGGGAGGUGGAAAGAGUGUCUCUGACAGCAGAAGCCUACAACCGGCAGCAUCAGCUGGACCAGAAGAAGAUCGAGACGCUGAGUAACAAGGUCCGGCAGCUGGAAAGGAGCAUUGGGCUCAAAGAUCUGGCCAUGGCCGAGAUGGAGGAGAAGAUCCGCAACAUGGAAGCCUCCACCUACGAUGGUGUUUUCAUCUGGAAGAUAACGGAGUUUGCCCGGAAGCGCCAGGAGGCCAUCACAGGCUGCUCUCCUGCCAUCUUCUCCCCAGCUUUCUACACGAGCAAGUAUGGCUACAAGAUGUGUCUGCGCGUUUACCUGAACGGGGACGGCACCGGGCGCGGGACCCACUUGUCCCUGUUCUUUGUGGUGAUGAAGGGGCCGAAUGACGCGCUGCUGCGGUGGCCCUUCAACCAGAAGGUAACACUGAUGCUCCUGGACCAGAACAACCGGGAGCACAUCAUCGACGCCUUCCGACCCGACGUGACCUCCUCAUCCUUCCAGCGACCGGUCACAGAAAUGAACAUUGCCAGUGGCUGCCCCCUCUUCUGCCCCGUCUCCGUGAUGGAAGCCAAGAACUCCUACGUACGGGAUGAUGCCAUCUUUAUUAAAGCCAUCGUUGAUCUCACGGGCCUCUAACCCUCACCUCCAGGAGCAGUGACCACAGAGCCAGCCCUCUUUGUGCUGCACUUCAGGCAGGUCUCGGAGCAAGGAGGGGGCAACACGUGGAAAGGGGCAAAGCCCUUCCCAGAAAGGAACCUUCACUGUGGGUGGGAAUGAGGUGUCUGAUGGGAACCCUCUUCCCUGGUGUCGCAAGACCUUCCUGAGAAGAUGUUUGGGCGGACGUUCACGGUUGGUGGGGAACAAGAAGGGACCGCAGGGACUCGG